AUGUAUAAUCGGUUUAGGUUCUUCACCAGUACUCGCUUUCACGAUUUCUUUAUCAAGUUCAAUGACCCUACCCUUUUGUGCUCAGUAUUUAAUCAAUUUCAGGCUCAACCAUUUCAAAUAUGCAAGGAUGUCUUGGACUUCAUUGAUCUAAAUCGUGACUUCUUAGUAGCAGAGGGUCUUCUUAUGAAUGGAUGUCUUGCUAACGUCAAUCUAGAAGAGGCAUCUCGCCUAUUGAGGCACUGUUACUUCUUGAAUGAAGGGGUGCAGGAAGUUGUUAGCUUCCACACGUUGUCAACAGAUUUAUCGAAACGGGUGCAGCGAGCUAGGUAUGAAUCAUUUGUAUUAACUCUUGCGAGAGCAUACGCUGGAUAUCAAUUUUAUCUGCCUGCGUUCAUGGACUUCCGGGGUCGAAUGUACAGAGCUGGGGUCUCACAUUUCCACCAACGAGACUUAGCCAAAUGCUUGAUUUGUUUUGCUUCUAAUAAAAAGACAGAAGAACAAAGUCAUGAUCUUAGAAUGACAUUAGAAGCUGCAGCAGCCUUCAAGUUUCAGAAAUUUCAGACAGUUGAACAAGCUUCUUUAUGGUAUAGAGAGUACUGUCAAGACAAGAUUGUUUCAGACAAGAGCCUCAUUGUCUUGGCUAAACAAGCAAGUGAUCCUUUCCAAUUCUUAGGUAAGGUUCUGGCUGAUGAAAGAGAUACCACUCUUCAUUGUGUUCCGGUUACUCAAGAUGCUAGUGCUAGUGCUUACCAGAUCAUGAGUUACCUACUUCUUAACAAGGAAUUAGGGAUGCACACGAAUCUUCUCCCCUCUCCAGAUAAUAAAAUACAGGACUUCUAUGCGUUUUUGAAAGACGAGCUUCUGGUCUUCUUGCAUUCACGAUUGAAUUCGUUUCAAUAUGCAUCGAUAGAAUCUGGGUUCACUAGAGAAAUAGCCAAACUACUCUAUAUGCCUUUGAUUUAUGGGAAGACUGUGAUAGCCAUGGCUUCUGACAUAAGACAGUUUAAAGGGAUGCUUUCUAAUAAGGAAUCCUAUCACAUAGCACAACUGUGCAAGGAAUUUUGGAGCCAAAAAUAUCCUGACAUAGUGAAUCUCAUGAAGCUACUUAACCUCAUUGGAUCGUGGUGUGCCGUCUCCGAUUUACCAGUGCUCUAUAGUACACCCAUCCUCGCAACUGUGCAAGAUUAUAGGAAAAGCUCUAUCUCAGAGAUUUGGGUAUACAAUAGGAUCAGCAAAAAAAGAUGUCGGGUUAGCCUAACUGUGCCUACGGUGGAAAGGGAUUCUAGAAAGACUCAAGUGGCUACAUGCAUGAACUUUAUUCAUCAGAAAGAUGCCUAUAUUGCCAUGAAGGUAGUAGAACAACUACAGCUAAUGAAAGCACCAAUAUGCACUGUUCAUGACAAUUUUCUAACUACCGCUGAGUUCGCUGCUGAGAUUCCUACUAUUUAUACUAAUGUGUUUAUGGAGAUGGGGCAUCCAUUUAAAAUCAUAAACUCCUUUCUUGUAGAUAAUAUUAAUAGCAAAGGGCUUGAUGUACCUUCGGACUCUCUUCCUCUUCCUGGUGACUAUAUUAGAGAUCUCUUAAGAGACCUGGUUAAGAAUGUAUCUCCUAAAGAUAAGAAAUGGGAUCAAAAGAUCGAAGAAACUGUGACUUCUUACUUGGAAUAUGUAAGAACUGUGUUUAAAAUCCCAAGUGGGUGUGAAGAUGCUCAGAGUUCUCAAAUGAAGUGGGAUGAUUUUAAUUCCCUUCUAAAGAGGUGUCUGACUAGUAAGUAUAAGUAUAGCGUGCAUUUUUGA